AUGUCGAUUUUUUAUAGCUACGCAGACGUUUUAGCUCCCCUAGUUUUUGGGUUGAUUGCUUCUUACGCGCUAUACAAGACGACAUCUGCUGGAAAUCAAUUCGGCAUCUACAUUCGAGUUGAAGCAUCUGAUGUUCUUCGCUCAGAAGAUCUUGCCUCAGACUUUGAAUCCGAGUUGGACUUUGACUGGGACUCUGAGGGAGAAUUUGACUCUAUAGAAAAUCCUGGAGAACGAGUUCUUCCGAUUGAGUUAUGA